UACUGGCUGAAUAUCCUCUUGAAAUGUCUUUCAUACUCAACACAUCUGGGCAGAAAGAUGUUGUAUAAUCCCAUCUCGAAGAGCACCCUGGCCGAUAUGCCCAGUAAUACCGGACGCCGAAGGUAUCAAUAGCUUCUCUUCUGUCAUGACUUAAAUUCUUCUGAAACGCCAUCGACUCUUAAUUUGCCCCCCAUCAUGUCCACCGGUGCCACAACCACCGUAUAUCUCAUCACUGGCGCCAACCGUGGCAUAGGCCUUGCCCUUGUAAACGCCCUCGCCGCCAAGCCGAACGUAGCAAUCUUCGCGGCGGUUCGCGAUCCUUCUGCCUUCAAACACAGCGCUCAGAACGUCUAUUCCGUCAAGUACACUUCAGGCGACCUCGAUGGAAUCGCUACUUACAUGGGCUCCGCCCUCGAUACUCCACCGAGCGCGCUGCGGGAGCACUUUGAAAUCAACACUACCGGCAUUCUCGUGCUCUUCCAGUCCCUCGCGAAUCUCCUGCGGAAGAGCGCCACACCCAAGUUCAUUCCAAUCUCAUCGGCGGCUGCCAGUCUAACCGCAUACAUCGAACUCCCCGCAGGGUACACCUGCUACGGCGCCAGCAAAGCCGCCCUCAACUAUAUCGCAAGGAAGAUCCAUUUCGAGAAUGAUUGGCUGGUAUGUUUCCCGCUGGCCCCUGGGAUCGUCAAAACAGAUAUGUCGCGGGCCAACCGCGAGAUGGAUAAGACUGGAUCCUUGGCACCCAUCCAAGAUAUGAUAGCGAUGGAACCAGGGGACGCGGCAUUGAGGCUGAUUGAUAUUGUGGACGGUUCGACGAGGGAGAAAGAUGGAGGGGAGUUCAUCAACGUCGACGGUAGUAGGAUCCCGUGGUAGGCGAUGCAUUAUUAUUGUAUACUCAGGUAAUAAAACGCCCGCUCGUACCGGUACACGAAAACCGUAUUAGUCAAGGAGAUGCAGGCUCGUCUGAAAUCAACAUAUUGAGGCGGAGUCAUUCUGAUAGAACACUGUUGGGGGCGCGCGCACUAAGCUAUCUCGAGUCCAGACGCUUUUGAAGCUUGUGCACGUCCUGGUAACUGGUAACUACUUACUAAUUAUCAGCGUUUAUCUCAACUCAAAUCCAUAGCUGAUUGAUUUGAAUCGACGGCGCCCA